GAGGUGCUAAACGAGCAAAUGGAAGUUGGAUCUGGGUCGUAUCGACGGCGAGAACCUUUCUGGGCGAGCGCGAUGAAGCCUACCGUGAUCGCUUCCCCGAACGAAAAUAAGAUUUCGGAUUCACAGAGCACCGUCCGAGAAGCAGCCUAUUCUGGAUUUAAGACAGCUGCAAUUUCAGGUGCUAUUGCUGCUGUGCCCACGUUGGUUGGUUGUCGUGUAAUUCCUUGGGCCAAAGCUAACCUCAACUACACUGCACAGGCACUUAUCAUAUCAGCAGCUUCUGUUGCUGGUUUCUUUAUAACUGCUGACAAAACCAUUCUACAAAAUGCGAGAGGAAAUAGUAUAGGGAAGUACGAUAAAAGCACUUGAUAAGAACCCUGUUUUUAGUUUUCACGGCAGGUCAUAUUCCUUUUCAAAUAAGAUGCAUGAGAUUUCCAUUUGAGAGGGAAUUGUGUUAUUGUUGCGAGGACUCUAUGGAUGUUAAGGAUAGAUAUUUACCUCUUUUGGUUGGUGUUAUAUUUAAAGUAACACCGUGUAGCAGGCAACGAUCAACUCUGUUGUGAACAUCUUUCCUUUGUCCGAUCUACUCCUGUUAUGAUUUAAUUUACUUACAAA